AUGAAAACAAAAAGUGCUGUGUACAUUGACCAGGAAGAUGAUUACUUCUCCAUCGAUGUGGAGAAGGGUUAUUCCACACCUGAAAUAUCUGAUCUGGCAAUGAUGGAGCUCCAAAUGAUCGCUCGGGAAAGCAUCACCUUUGUGGGAGGCCCUGCGGCAAUCCUGCUCCAAAUCGCACACCCUUUGGUAGGAGCUGGCGUCGCAGACCACAGCACGUUCAAAACACGCGCUAUCAGUCGGGCAGAGUAUACCCAGAUGUACAUCUACUGUAUGAUCUUUGGCUCUACCUCUGAAAAGGCGGCCAUGAAGGCAUACGUCGAUAAAGCCCACUCUCGCGUCGUGGGGCAACAUAACAAACAGUCAUAUAACGCAAAGGACCCCGAGCUUCAGGUGUGGGUGGCAGCCACGAUCUAUGCCACUAUGGUCAAUAUGUACGAGUUGAUCUAUGGACCCCUCAGUUCUACGAGGGCCGAAAGAGUCUAUCAGGCAUUCUCAAUCAUGGGGACGUCGCUUCAAGUAUCACCUGAGAUGUGGCCAAAGAAUCUGACAGAAUUUCAGCUCUACUGGGAUGAUAUGGUGAACAAAAGACUGUGUGUGACACCCGAUGCCCGUGCAGUCUUGCAUGAUAUCUUUCACCCGGCCAAAGGUCUACCUCUGUGGGCCCGGCCGCUGGCUGUUGUCGCUAUGCCAUUUGUGAAACGCCUCACUAUCGAGCAGUUGCCUCCCCGCGUGCGUGAUCAAUUCUUCCUAAAGUCAACGAAGUCUUCCCGGGUGAUUUCGGGCCUCUUUAUUACUGGAAUGUCCGGCGUCUACCCCUUCAUGCCACUAUUCGUACGACAGUUUACGAAGACGUACAUGAUGGGUCAGAUGAGGAGGCGGAUAAGGAAACGGGGUGGGCAGUUGAUCAAGCCCUGA